GGGAGGAUGCCGGGGAAGCGGGGCUCGGCGGGCGGCGGCGGCGGCAGCGAGCUCCCGGGGGCCGGCGCGCCGCGGCAGCGCAGGCGGCGGAGGAAGGUCUCCUGCUUCUCCAGCAUCCAGCUCUUCCUGGUGUCCGAGUGCGCCCUGAUGCUGGCCCAGGGCACGGUGGGAGCCUACCUGGUGAGUGUUUUAACCACCUUGGAGCGGCGAUUCAACCUCCAGAGUGCUGACGUGGGCGUCAUUGCCAGCAGCUUUGAGAUUGGCAACCUGGCCCUCAUCCUCUUCGUGAGCUACUUCGGAGCCCGAGGACACCGGCCACGCUUGAUAGGAUGUGGAGGAAUAGUCAUGGCCUUGGGUGCCCUCCUUUCUGCCUUGCCUGAAUUUCUGACCCACCAGUACGAAUACGAAUCGGGAGAAAUACGCUGGGGAGCUGAAGGGAGGGAUGUGUGUGCUGUCAAUGGGUCCAGCGGCGAUGAGGGACCAGACCCAGACCUUAUCUGCAGGAAUAGGACUGCUACCAACAUGAUGUACUUGCUGCUCAUCGGGGCACAGGUCCUCCUGGGCAUUGGUGCUACCCCUGUCCAGCCCCUGGGAGUUUCCUACAUCGAUGACCACGUGAGGCGGAAAGAUUCCUCCCUGUACAUAGGGAUCCUGUUUACGAUGCUGGUAUUUGGACCAGCCUGUGGAUUUAUCUUGGGCUCCUUCUGUACCAAAAUCUAUGUGGAUGCUGUCUUCAUUGACACAAGUAAGCUGGACAUAACCCCGGACGACCCUCGCUGGAUCGGAGCGUGGUGGGGAGGCUUCCUGCUCUGUGGUGCCUUACUCUUCUUCUCGUCCCUGCCCAUGUUCGGGUUCCCGCAGUCGCUGCCGCCGCGGCCGGAGCACGCUGGGGAGAGCGAGCAGGCCAUGCUGCCCGACAGGGACUACGAGCGACCCAAACCCAGCAACGGGGUCCUGAGGCACCCUCUGGAUGGGGACAGCAGCACCACCUGCUUCCAGCAGCUGCGAGUGAUCCCCAAAGUGACUAAGCACCUGCUCUCCAACCCCGUGUUCACCUGCAUCAUCCUGGCAGCCUGCAUGGAGAUCGCGGUGGUGGCCGGCUUCGCUGCCUUCCUGGGCAAAUACCUGGAGCAGCAGUUCAACCUCACCACCUCAUCUGCCAACCAGCUCCUGGGGAUGACAGCGAUCCCAUGUGCAUGUCUGGGCAUAUUCCUGGGUGGCCUCUUGGUGAAGAAGCUCAGCCUGUCUGCUCUGGGAGCCAUCAGGAUGGCCAUGCUGGUGAACCUGGUGUCCACAGCUUGCUACGUGUCAUUCCUGUUCCUGGGGUGUGACACAGGACCUGUGGCAGGGGUUACUGUUCCCUAUGGAAACAACUCAACCCCAACCUCAUCUCUGGACCCAUAUUCUCCCUGCAAUAACAACUGUGAAUGCCAAACUGAUUCCUUCACUCCAGUGUGUGGGGCAGACGGGGUCACAUACUUAUCUGCCUGCUUUGCUGGCUGCAGCAGCACGAAUCUCAGUGGCUGCUCGUGCCUCACCUCGGUCCCUGCUGAAAACGCCACCGUUGUUCCUGGCAAAUGCCCCAGCCCUGGGUGUGAAGAGGCCUUCCUGACAUUCCUGUGUGUGAUGUGUGUCUGCAGCAUGAUCGGGGCCAUGGCACAGACACCGUCAGUCAUCAUCCUCAUCAGAACCGUGAGCCCCGAACUCAAGUCUUACGCUCUGGGGGUGCUUUUCCUGCUGCUCCGGUUGCUAGGUUUUAUCCCACCUCCGCUGAUCUUCGGGGCCGGGAUUGACUCCACGUGUCUGUUCUGGAGCACAUUCUGUGGCGAGCAAGGAGCCUGUGCACUGUAUGACAACGUGGUCUACAGAUACCUGUAUGUCAGCAUUGCUAUUGCCCUCAAGUCCUUUGCAUUCAUCCUGUACACAACCACCUGGCAGUGCUUGAGGAAAAACUAUAAAAGAUACAUCAAGAACCAUGAAGGUGGUCUCAGCACUAGUGAGUUUUUUGCCUCUACUCUCACCCUAGACAAUCUGGGGCGGGACUCGGUGCCCCAAAAUCAACCACAUAGGACAAAAUUUAUCUAUAACCUUGAAGAUCAUGAGUGGUGUGAAAAUAUGGAGUCUGUUUUAUAG